AUGUUGAAUGGUAAUGUACCAUUCCACUUUGGAUUAUUAAUACAAAAUCAAAAUCAAACAGGUUUUUGUGAUGUAUUACCAAAAUAUCGAUCGAUUUACAUGAACUUUGCUAUUAUGAAAAUAAUUAAGGUUUAUUUAAUGCCAAUGAUAAUUAUCGGUGUUGGCAAUACGCUUAUAGUGAUACAAUUAACGCAUAAAAUACGGCUUGAACCAAAUCCUCCGAGAAAUUCCAGGUCGUCUUUGAUUGGACAGUAUGGGCGUUCAAAGUCGCUUCGAUCAAAAUCUUCGUAUCAAAAUUUGAAAGCAGGUGUGAAUGAUGACAACCACAAUAAUGAAAAUCAUAUAAUUAAAUUAAAACGUGGGUCAUUAUUGGCAUCUCAUGAAUACGAUCUGUCGAAACGAAAAAAAAGUAUUACUAAAGUAUUAUGGCCCGUCAAAAUAUCAUUAAAAGAAACAUCAAAACACUCAAUUUCAACGCGUCUUUCUUGUCAGGAGUUUUCAUUGGCCUUGAAACCUGAAUUAGGAAAUGUAUUUUCUAAGGUUUCCACAUGUAAUGUCAUUGGUCGAAAAAUUCGUUUACAAGCAUAG